AUGGGACGCCAUGCUAACGUCAUAAAAAUUGUGGGCGAAGAAAACUUCCAAAAAAUUAGAACCUCUAAAAUUUUGCUCAUCGGUGCAGGUGGCAUUGGCUCUGAGUUAUUAAAAGAUCUGAUUCUAAUUAGUUUCGGAGAAAUUCAUCUAGUGGAUCUGGACACAAUCGAUCUAUCGAAUUUAAAUAGACAGUUCCUUUUCAGACACAAUGACAUCAAGAAAGCUAAAUCAGAUACCGCAAUUAAAGCAGUCUCGCAUUUUUCAGAUUCAAAAUUAGUCUCGUUUUUUGGAAAUAUAAUGAAUACAGAACAGUUCCCAAUUCAUUGGUUCAGUAAUUAUGAUAUCAUAUUCAACGCUCUGGAUAAUUUGCCGGCAAGAAGAUACGUUAAUAAAAUUUCGCAAUUUUUAGGGAUGCCAUUGAUGGAAUCUGGUACCUCUGGGUUUGAUGGUUAUAUACAGCCAAUCAUUCCUUCUCUAACAGAAUGUUUUGACUGUACUAAAAAAGAAACUCCAAAAACUUUCCCCGUUUGUACUAUUAGAUCCACUCCAAAUCAACCAAUUCAUUGUAUAGUUUGGGCUAAAAAUUUCUUGUUCAAUCAAUUAUUCACCAAUCAACAGACUGAGAAUAGUGAUAAUGAAAAAUCUGAUGGAAGUGAAAAAGAUUGGGGUACCACUGAUGAAAAAGAGAUCGAAAGAAUCAAACAAGAAACAAGCGAACUGGUGGAUUUACAAAAUAUUGUCAUUGAAAAUAAUCCAAACAAAAUUAUUAAUAUAUUAGAGAAAUUGUUUAUAAAUGAUAUUGAAAAAUUAUUACUCAUAGAAAAUUUAUGGACAAAUACAAAUUUAAAUAAUAAAAAACCAACUCCUAUUUCUAGAAAAAUCAUAAACCAAAUGACCACCAAAAAAGAUGAACAAGAUCCACCAAUUUUUAAACAACUGGAUAAAACUUGGUCAAUUGAUGAACAGAUCCUAAAAUUCAUUAAAAUUACUCAAACGUUAAUGAAUCGUUUACAAACUGAAAAAUCGAUCGAAUUUGAUAAAGAUGAUAAUGAUACUUUAGAAUUUGUAGUCACAGCAGCAAAUAUUAGAUCAUAUAUUUUUGGCAUACAAAUGAAAUCAAUUUUCGAUAGCAAACAAUUAGCUGGUAACAUCAUACCUGCAAUUGCAACAACUAAUGCAAUCAUUGCUGGUUUAUCAUCUUUAAGUUCCUUAAGAGUUUUAAAUCUAUUAAAAUAUGCAGAAUUAAAAGAUGGCAAGUUCACUGAUCUUAAUAUGGCGUUCACUUCAAAAGCAAGUAACUUCUCACAAGAUCGUUAUUUGACUAAUCCAAAAUUGGCAACUCCAUCUUGCAAAUGCUCUGUUUGUUCAAUGGUAGUUAGAGGUAUUUUAAAAGUUUCAACUGAAAAAUUGAAAACUUUGAAAUUGAUAGAUUUAAUUACUUUGCUAUCAAAAACUUAUGGAUACACCCUAUCUAUCUCUGUCAUUGAUACUAAGGAUCAAAGACUAUUGGCUGAUUUUGAUUUCGAUGAUCUAUAUGAAAAAUCAUUACAUGAUUUACAAAUAUCAGAUGGCUCCAUUUUGUUUAUUUCAGAUGAAGAAGAUGAAAAUGACAUGGUUAGAAAAUCGAUGGAAUUGUACAUAGACGUUGACAAGGAUAGUACUGCUACCAACCUUAUAGAAUUGCCAAAGAUCGAUGUUCCUUUAAUCACUGUGGUUACGGAAGCCUCUAAAGAGGACAUUACGAAACCAGAAAUAACAAAAUUGACUACCUCAGGAGAUGAAGCUAUUGUUAUACUUGAUGAUACUGAAGAACCACAUCAUGUAGAUAACAAGAGACCUAUUUCCGAAUCUGAUGAUAAAAACGACUCUGUUCAUAAGAAAGUGAAGAAAGUCGCAGAUGAUGAUGACGAUGUUAUUGAAUUAGAUUAA